AUGAUGGCCGACCCGGUGGUUGGAUCUUCUAAAGAAAAAGAGGAUAAUCUGCGAACGAAUGCCGUGACCGACACGCUUGCCGCGCUCGUCUACGAUGUGAAUGCGACGGCCGAGGUGCUGCGGCGCGGAUCGCUGGGCCGGGAUAAGGGCAAGAAGAAGGAUCGUGGCAGCGAGGAGGUCGAAUACCGUCUCCGUUUGACACCGACGGUUGAUGAGGAGCCGAGGCCAUUCCCGUCACCAAAGCAGUACGAACAACUGCCGGAAGAGAAGACGACGGUCGAAGACAUGCAUCGCGAUUUCGGCGUUGACAUUUCGGAAUCGCACACCGCCAGUCUGAGACGCCGUGCUCGCAGCGAGACGCCGAGGCGCACCCUACAAAUUGAGCCCUCACCGCCACCGACGGCGCCCGCCAUUUGUGCCUAUUGCGAUGGGGAGAUUGACGGCCAAAUUCUGACGGCCCUCGCUCCAAACUCGGAGCGCGCCCAGAAGUUCCACACCUACCACUUUAUGUGCACCUAUUGCCAGAAGGCGCUGAACAUGCACGGCACAUACCGUGAGCACGACCGGAAGCCGUACUGCCACGACUGCUUCUAUAAGCUCUACAAUGGGCUUCAGUACUGCCCCGAUGAGCACCAGAAGACCAUCGAGAAGCUCAUC